UCUCUGCCGGUGUGGUUGGCACAAUUGAACAGAUUUUUCUGAAAUAUUUAUAUUUUCGAAAUCUUAAUUCUAUUUUGCUACACAAAAACCAAACUACGACAAGAUUUUCUGUACGAGGAAGCAAGUCCAAUAAAGAAAGAAAUAAUGGUUGGAGGUACGCGACGCGAGGAGUUGGAAGCGUUAAAGUUGGAGGUCAAUUCUUUCCUUACUUCUGUUGAGAGGUACAAUUCAAACAAUCUUCCAAAAUUUGAAAAAUAUGUGCAACUUCAAGUGUCGGAGAACAUGUACGAUUUGGAGGCGAAUUUGGCCAUCCUCAAGUUGUACCAAUUUUUCCCAAAUUUGUACAAACCCGAGAUCGUUUGCUGGAUCCUUCUGAAAUCGUUGACCAAUUUACCCAACACGGAUUUUGUCCUCUGUCGUUGCCUUCUUGGCGCGGGUCAGCUGGACGACUUGAACAUUGCUCGAAUCGCAUAUUUGGCAAAUCUUCUAGAACUUUGUCAAUUUAAGCGGUUUUGGCAAGAAAAAGCCCAAGAUGCUAAUCUUAUUUCCCAAAUCACUGGAUUUGACGACGCUGUGAGGAAGUUUGUGUGCCACGUUGUGAACAUCACAUACCAAAGCAUGGACAAAACUAUUUUAAAAGAAUUGCUGGGCGGAAUCACAGACGCCGAUUUGAGGAGUUGGAUUGCAAAGAAUGGAUGGAAGGAAGAACCAAACAACAUGAUUUACAUUUCAAACCAAGAUGAACAUGUCAAGACGAAAAACAUUAGCGAAAAGAUUACAUUCGAAACUGUAUCAGUUGUAAUGUAAUUACUUAAUAUUGCCGAUUUAUUGUUUAUACAUAUAACAUACACCAUAAUAUAGCGUGGCGUGUAUGCAAGUUGGACUUUGUUUUUCAUUUUUCAUUUUGUAAAAAUCAUUAAAUGAUGAAUAUUAAAUCAAAUCUAUCUUUUA